CUCAGGGCAGAGGGGGGCCAGAGGGGCAGUGGACACAAGCACAAGAUGGCAGGAGAACAUGAUCCCAGGGUGCUGGGCCUCCCGGAGGAGAAAGCAACAUUCGGAGGCCAGAGAUUCACUGAGAAAGACCCCGAGAUGCUCACUCAGAGCCCAAAGAGCUUUCCAGGUCCUGCAGGCUGGCUGACCCGAGUCCCCUGGAUUCUGUUGCUGCUUCUCAGCUCUUUGUGCCUCUGCUUUGUGCUUUUGGUGACCACCCUGGCUCAAGUUUCCAGGACCCCCGGAUCCCCGCAGGCAAAGGUCCAGGAUCAUCAGAGCAACUUCAGCCUGGGGGCUGCCUCUCAGGAGCAGGUACUCUCAGGCUUGGAGCAGGUCCGUCAGCAGCUGACCUGGAUCAACACCUCCCUGGCUGCCCUGUGCCGACCCUGCCCCUGGGGCUGGGAGGCAUUCCAGGGAAACUGCUACUUCUUCUCUCGGACCCUGGGCACCUGGGAGAAUUCCGUCUCCUCCUGCCAGGACAUGGGGGCCCACCUGGUGAUCGUCAACAAUGCUGCAGAGCAGAGGUUCCUGAGGUACUGGGACAUCAGAAAGAGCCAGCGUACCUGGAUCGGCCUCAGUGACCACAACAAUGAAGGUUCCUGGUACUGGGUGGACAAUACCCCUCUCCAGCUCAGCUACUGGAAAGAGGGGGAGCCCAACAACGCCGGAGACGAGGACUGCGUGGAGCUCUUCGUGGAGGACUGGAACGACAGCAAGUGUACCGCCCAGAACUUCUGGAUCUGCGAGCGGCCCUCCGCCCGCUGCCCUGGCGCCUAGCGCCCUGCUCCCCGUAGGGGGCGCUCCGCUGGCUGUCCUCCAGCCCUGUCCCUUCGCUGCCCGCUGGUCCCGCUGAUGCCUUUGCAUCCUGACAGAGCCCUGAGACUCCCUCCCUGCAGCCCGGCCCUCCACAGGGCACCACCGCUCAGACCUCUGCUUGCAGGGAAGGCCUGGGCACCUCCGCCCAGCCGCGACACCACUUAGCUAAGUCACUGAGGUGCGGCUCAAGGCAUCAGGGAAGCCCUGUGUCCCACCCCCACUCUGCAAAAACUGAAAUAAAGCAAGUUCACACGAUGUGCUC